AUGGAUCUGCACGAGAUCCAGGCACAGGUGGCUGUCCUGCUGCGCGAGGCUUCGCAGACCUUCCAGAAGGUCCCCGGGUCUGCCGUGCUCAUCCGUUACGUCCAGGCCAGCUACCAGAACGACCCUAUUCGAUCCAUCUUCGAGCUGUUUCUGCUUAUAUUCUUUAUUCGCUACCUGCUCAGCCCAUCCUACGCGACAAACGAUUCCAAUUACGUCAAGCUCAGCGAAGAUGAGAUCGAGGAGCUGGUCGAAGAGUGGCAGCCCGAACCUUUGGUCGGCAACCAGACCACCACUGAGGAGUUAGAGAUGGAGAGGCUUCCUGUUAUUGUUGGCGCAACCGGUCCCAAGGUCAAACUAGCGAACGGCCGAAGCGUUACGAAUCUGGCCUCAUACAACGUCUACAACUUCAAUGCCAACGAACAGAUCAAAGAGAAAGCCAUUAAUACCCUCCGCACCUACGGCGUCGGCCCCUGUGGGCCGCCGCAGUUCUACGGAACACAGGAUGUCCACAUGAAGACCGAAGCCGAUGUUGCGGCCUAUCUGGGCACCGAGGCAUGCAUCCUCUAUGCGCAAGGCUUUUCUACCAGUUCCAGUGUCAUUCCAGCGUUUUGCAAGAGGGGAGACGUCAUUGUUACCGACCGCGCAACCAACUAUCCAGUCCGUAAGGGUAUCGAGCUGUCGAGAUGUACCAUCAAGUGGUAUACCCCGGGCGAUUGGGAUGAUCUGGAAAACGUCAUGAGACAGGUUGCCCAGGACCAAAAGAAACAGAAGAAGCUGACGAGACGUUUUCUUGUGGCCGAGGGCCUCUCCGAGACCACCGGCGCCUCGAUUGACCUGCCACGCAUGAUCGAACUCAAGGAGAAGUACAAGUUCCGCAUGAUUCUCGACGAGACCUGGUCCUUCGGAGUCCUUGGCCGGACUGGCCGCGGCGUCACCGAGGCCCAAAACGUUGAUCCUGCCCAAUGCGACAUGAUCAUCGGUUCGCUGGCUGGCCCCUUGUGCGCCGGCGGUGGCUUUUGUGCUGGUGACAAGAACGUCGUGGCUCACCAGAGAAUCGCCUCGAUGGCGUAUACCUUCUCUGCGGCUUUGCCCGCCCUGCUGGCCGUCACGGCGAGUGAGACCAUAAACAUGUUGCAGACUAACCCCGAAAUACUUGCCUCGUCGCGAGAGAACAUACGCGCGGUGCGCGCGCAACUCGACCCGCGGAGUGACUGGGUCAUGUGCACGAGUGCCCCGGAAAACCCAAUUCUUUUGCUGGUGAUCAAGCCAAAUGUCGUCCAGUCCAGGCGGUUGUCCUUCGAGGACCAGGACCGAGUACUGCAGGAAUCUGUCGAUGAGGCCCUCGCGAAUGGUGUCAUGAUCACACGGCUGAAGACGGCACUAAUCAACAAGAGCGUUGGCGGCGGUCACACUCAGCCUGCCCUGAAAGUAUGCGUUACGACCGGUCUUUCCAAAAAGGAGAUUGAGAAGGCCGGAAUAACCAUCAGGCAUGCCAUCACCAAGGUCAUGACGAAGAAAACGAGCAGCAAGCUGUCCUUGCCUGGCUCAUGA